AUAGUUACCAUUGUCCAUGCCCGCCCAUUUCAACUAACGGGCUGAGCUUAUCUUGUACAUUAAUUUAUUUAUUUUUAAUAAAGGUGUCCAAGCCCAAAUUUUAACGGGGCGGAUGGCCGAGCCUAGCAGGUCGAACUGUCCAUGAAUAACUCUAAUUUGAAGUAAUCCAAAGUUUGAAAUGUUAAAAUCCAGUCUCAAUUAGAGUUAAGACAACCCAUUUUCAAUCCAACUCGACUCUUACGAGUCAUUUAAACCAUACUCACUCAACUACGAGCACUACUAUUCAGUAUUAACCAAACCCGAAUAUUACCCGACCCGACCGAUCCGUUUGCUACGCCCGGCAUGGACAUUAGACUCCCAAAAAUAAAAGAAAAAGAAAUAUCCAAAUGAAAAAAAUAAAAAAAAAAAAAUAAAAAAAAAUCAAGAGAUAUGGUCCCGCUAUUAGCAAAGCCUGGAUUAUCCUCAACUUGUCGCGGCAAACAAACACCAUUAUCUCCAUUUUCCACCAUUCUUCUCUUUGCUCUGGGUUUAUCUCUGGUUUUUCUACUUCCUAUUGCUCUUUCUUCUCUUCAAUCUUCCUUCAAAUCCCACUUUUCCUGUAUAAUUCUCCAAGAAAACUUCGAAUUUUCACCAACAAUGUCUUCCACUGCUUCCUUCUCUCCAAUCCCACAAAUUCAAAUUCAAAAACAAUGGAGAAAACCAUUGAAAUCCCACAAGAAAGCUCAAACCCAUUUCUCUCUAUUCAUCCCACUUUCCAACAAACAAUUGAGGGUUGAACCCCCAUUUCCUUCUUCUUCUUCAACCUCUUUUCCUGCUACCCUUUUGUUGCCUUGCUUAAACCCAAAAUUGGAUAGGAACAGUUUUUUCCAGCCUUCUAUACAAUCCCAGAUAAUUCUGGACUCUCCUGAGGAAGAUUUAGCUGAAAAAAUUGAUGGGUAUUUUCAAAAUUCAGAGAAAAUUAAGGGUUCUAGUCAUAGGAUUUUUAUGCAUGACCCACCAUGGGUGAAUACCCUUUUUAUGAAAGGAUUAGUUGAUAGGAAUACUGGGUUGAGGUUAGAAUUCAAGGAGAUUGAGAGAGAGAAGUAUAAUUUGUUGAGGAGGAGACAGAUUAAAGCCGAGACCGAGGCGUGGGAGAGUAUGGUGGAGGAGUAUAGGGAGUUUGUGAGGGAAAUGAGGGAUAAGAAAUUGGCACCUAAUUUGCCACAAGUUAAGGCAUUGUUUUUAGGUUGGUUUGAGCCUUUGAAGAAGGCAAUUGAAAAAGAACAAAAGUUGCAAAGGUCUAGGAAACAAAAGGCUAUCUAUGGCUAUCAUAUUGAUAUGUUGCCAGCUGAUAAGAUGGCUGUUAUUGUUAUGCAUAAGAUGAUGGCAUUGCUUAUGGUUGGUAAUGAAGCCGGCUGUGUUCGGCUUGUUCAGGCUGCUCUUCAAAUUGGGCUUGCUAUUGAGCAGGAGAUAAAAAUUCACAGCUUCUUGGAGAAAACCAAGAAUAUACGUAAAAAUGCAAGUGAAAUGCCAGAGGAUUUAUUAAAGGAAAAGGAACUGCAGCGGAAUCGCGUGAAGAGCUUAGUUAAGAAGAAACGACUAUUUGAGGCAGCAAAGCUGGUGACUUCUGAAGAUAACAAGUCAUGGAGUCAAGACACUCAAGCUAAGCUGGGUAGUCGUCUGAUUGAGUUGCUGAUUGACACUGCUUAUGUUCAGCAUCCAAGUAAGCAAUCAGCUGACAAUCCACCUGAUGUACGACCUGCGUUUAGGCACAAAUUCAAAAUUUUGAACAAUGACAUGGGGCAGCAAGUGGUGAAAAGAUAUGGAGUUAUAGAAUGUGACCCGCUUGUUCUGAAAGGGAUUGAUAGGAGUCAGGCUCGAUACAUGAUUAUUCCCUAUGUUCCAAUGUUGAUACCUCCAAAGAAUUGGAAAGGGUAUGACAAGGGUGGCUACUUGUUCCUACCAUCUUAUGUUAUGCGAACGCAUGGUUCAAGAAAGCAGCAAGAGGCGAUGAGGAAAACUCCACCGCAGCAGAUGCAGAAAGUGUUUGAGGCCUUAAAUACUCUUGGACACACAAAAUGGAGAAUCAACAGAAAAGUUCUUAGUGUGGUGGAAAGUCUAUGGGCUAGUGGUGGCAACAUUGGCGGUCUUGUUAACUGUGAGGAUGUUCCUUUGCCUGAAAAGCCACUGACAGAAGAUCCAGCAGAAAUUGAUACAUGGAAGUGGAGUGUGAGGAAAGCAAAGAAAAUCAAUAGAGAGAGACAUGCUUUAAGAUGUGACGUUGAACUUAAACUUUCUGUUGCUCAGAAGAUGAGAGAUGAGGAAGGCUUUUAUUAUCCUCAUAAUCUUGAUUUCCGUGGUCGGGCUUAUCCCAUGCAUCCACAUCUAAAUCAUCUAAGUUCUGAUCUCUGCCGAGGUGUGCUUGAGUUUGCGGAAGGACGACCUUUGGGGAAGUCUGGAUUACAGUGGCUGAAAAUUCACUUAGCGAAUGUAUAUGCUGGUGGUGUCGACAAGCUUUCGUACGAGGCACGUGUAGCUUUUGUAGAAAAUCAUCUGGCUCAAAUAUUUGACUCAGCAAGCGACCCUAUCAAUGGAAAUCGAUGGUGGUUAAGUGCAGAAGACCCUUUUCAAUGCUUAGCUGCUUGCAUUGAUCUUACAGGAGCCCUGAACAGCUCAUCACCAUAUACUUUCAUCUCCCAUCUUCCUAUACAUCAGGAUGGUUCAUGCAAUGGCCUGCAGCAUUAUGCUGCUUUGGGAAGAGAUAGUAAGGAAGCAGCAGCUGUAAAUUUGGUAGCUGGACAGGAACCUGCUGAUGUGUACUCAGAAAUUGCUGCAAGGGUUCGUGAAAUUAUGGAAAAGGAUAGCAGGCAAGACCCUGAAACAUACCCAAGUGCUUUGUUAGCCAAAGUCCUAGUCGAUCAGGUGGACCGCAAACUCGUGAAGCAGACAGUUAUGACAUCUGUUUAUGGUGUUACAUUUGUUGGGGCAAGGGAGCAAAUUAAGAGGAGAUUAGAGGAGAAGGGUCUUAUCACUGAUGAUAGGCUUCUUUUUUCUGCAGCCUGCUAUUCAGCUAAGGUAACAAUGUCUGCCCUCGGUCAAUUAUUUCAAGCUGCACGUAGCAUAAUGGAUUGGCUUGGCGAUUGUGCAAAGGUUAUUGCUUCUGAAAAUCAACCUGUUCGCUGGACUACUCCUCUUGGUCUGCCAGUUGUACAACCAUACUGUAAAAGUAAACGGCAUCUUAUUAAAACAUCGCUUCAGGUUUUGGCCUUGCAAAAAGAAGGUGAAGGGAUUGAAGUCAAAAAACAAAGGACUGCAUUUCCUCCAAACUAUGUUCACUCACUUGAUGGAACUCACAUGAUGAUGACUGCUGUGGCAUGCAGGGAUGCUGGUUUACAGUUUGCAGGAGUGCAUGAUUCGUUUUGGACUCAUGCAUGUGAUGUGGAAAAGAUGAAUCAAAUUCUUCGAGAAAAGUUUGUGGAGCUGUAUAGCAUGCCCAUUCUUGAAAAUUUGCUUCAAAGCUUCCAGGAAUCUUAUCCAGAAUCUACCUUCCCACCUCUACCAGAAAGAGGGAACUUCGAAUUGGAAAAAGUCCUUGAAUCACCAUACUUCUUCAACUGAGCACCAAUCUUUCUGCAAAAGCAAAAUCUGUUUGACUUCCAGAAGAUUGUUCUGCAACAGAUGUUGGCCUCGAUGUUCAGGUUCAUUCCUGAUCAAGCCAAGGACAUGCUAACCCAGGAGUUUUUAUUCGUGGAAAUGCUUUUGGCCUCUGAAGGGCAUACGAGCAAAUAGAAACUGGGUGGAAUACAGAGAAACGGACAUUUUACUUGAUUGGACAAUGCACACAUACCAUUCCCCUUAUAGAGACCUAAUAUAGAGAUAUCGGAAAAAAUGACCUGGCUGUCAUGACUCAUGAGUGCACAUAGAGUUGUUCCUGCCUUCCUGGGAAUGUUACUGCUUAUAUCCAUCUCUCGUUUUUUGUGAUGUAGAAGCAACUUGAACAUGUGCAGCCAGUCGACCUUACACUUAAAUGUGAAUUUUGUUAAGAGCCUGUAAAUAGUAGACAGUAACCUCGUAUUCUAUCUCAGUGUUGUACGAAUCAGAAAGGUAGAAAAGAUUUUGUACCAGGCAACUAGACACAAAAGUAUCCCAAAGUUUGUAUAUUGUAAUAAUAAUUCAGUCCGUAUAUAGUAAAGAAAAUUUCUUCUUUUCCCUGA